UCGGAUCUCUAUUUAAUCUUCCGCCGCGGCUCCUCGCUUCACUUCGCUCGGCGCUUGCUUCUGGUUUCAAUCUCAACGCGAAUCAGAUCGCCGGACGUCGUCGGCCGUAGAGGCAUACUGUUCCGAUUCCCUGCUUCGCUUGCUGUAGAUCGCGGACCUAGUGGUGCUGCCGUUACUUUAUAGGACUAUCACGUCAAUGCUUGAAUAAAUCUAUUUACACAAACAUGCCAUUUGUGGCAAGCUCAAGGAUGGAUAGCAGAAGGACAUCCUCAUAUUGCUCGACGACUACAAUUGUCGUAUUUGUCGCCCUUGGCUUAGUAGCAGUGUGGAUGAUGACAUCCUCAAUAGUUGUCCCUACAGCUAUAUCUGGUACACAAUCUGACACUAAUGGAAAAGUUUCCAGGUCUGAUCCUACCUCUUUUAAAAGUCAUUCAGGAGAAGAGUCAAGUGGUGAUUACAGUGACAAUAAUGUUCAAAAUGAAGCCAACUCCUUUGCAGAGAAAACAUCUGAGACACUGAUAAACAAAGUAGAAGUUGAGAGUUCUCUAAAGGAUAAAGAAGACGAUAAAGAGGAGUCAGGUGAUGGUUCUCAAACUGAGUCCUUUAAUGACAUUAAUGAAGAGGAAACCAGAGAAACAAACAAGGAGGCUGUAGGUUUGGAUCAGGAUACUAAAACAGGUGAAAAGGUUGAUCCUAAAGACAAGAAAACAGAGGAAGAAUCAAAGGAAGCUGAAAAUGAUGAAAAAAUUACUGAAGAGAAGAAAUCAAAUCAAGAUGAGAUAUCAGAUGAUGGCAAAACUGAAGAUGAAAAAGAUAGUACAGUAGAGGAAAAAUUGGACCAAGGAGGAAAAAAUACACAAGAGUUUGAUGGGAAUGAGGCGGAUCAACUAAAGGCCACUGGUGGCAAUGAGGACUUUCCAUCCGGGGUUCAAUCAGAACUUUUAAAUGAAACCAAUACCCAGGGUGCUACAUGGUCUACACAAGCUGCAGAAUCAAAGAACGAGAAGGAGAUGCAAGAGGAUUCUUCCUCCAAAGAAGAAAAUUUAGAUUCUAGUUGGAAGCUUUGUCAAGUUACUGCAGGAAUAGACUAUAUUCCUUGUCUUGACAAUGAAGCAGCUAUCAAGAUGCUUCAUUUAACUGGACAUUAUGAACACAGGGAACGACAUUGCCCUGAGGAGCCCCCGACCUGCCUUGUUCCGCUGCCUAAUGGAUAUAGACCACCAAUUAGGUGGCCAAUGAGUAGGCAAAAGAUAUGGUACAACAAUGUCCCUCAUACCAAACUUGCAGAAGUGAAAGGACACCAAAAUUGGGUGAAAGUUUCUGGAGAAUAUACUGAAUUUCCAGGAGGUGGAACGCAAUUUAUACAUGGUGCACUUCAUUAUAUUGAUUUCAUUCAAGAGUCUUUGCCUGAUAUAGCAUGGGGACAACGCAGCCGUGUGGUUCUGGAUGUUGGUUGUGGAGUGGCUAGCUUUGGUGGCUAUCUCUUUGAUAGAGAUGUGCUUACUAUGUCAUUUGCACCCAAAGAUGAGCAUGAGGCUCAAGUCCAGUUUGCUCUAGAGAGGGGCAUCCCAGCCAUAUCCGCAGUGAUGGGUACUAAAAGACUGUCUUUUCCUAGUAAGGUCUUUGAUGUUAUUCAUUGUGCCCGGUGUAGAGUUCCUUGGCAUAUUGAAGGUGGCAUGCUCUUGUUGGAGUUGAAUCGGUUGCUGCGCCCUGGUGGUUACUUUGUCUGGUCUGCAACUCCAGUUUACCGAACAGAUCAAGAAAAUGUUGGGAUAUGGAAAGCCAUGACUGCAUUGACAAAAUCCAUGUGCUGGGAGAUGGUUAAGAAGACAAGUGAUACACUCAACCAAGUUGGUUUAGCUAUCUAUAGAAAGCCUUCUGAUAACAAAUGCUAUGAGCAAAGAAUCAAAGAUAAUCCUCCACUCUGCCAAGCAUCUGAUGAUCCAGAUGCAGCUUGGAAUAUCACACUCCAAGCAUGCAUGCACAAGUUGCCUGUAGAUUUAACUAGCAGAGGGAAGAAGUGGCCAGAGCAGUGGCCCCUAAGGGUGGAGAAGGUACCUUACUGGCUAAAUAAUUCUCAACUUGGGGUUUAUGGAAAACCUGCACCUGCAGACUUUACAUCAGAUUAUGAGCAUUGGAAACAUGUCGUUAGGAAAUCGUAUGUCAGUGGAAUGGGAAUUAAUUGGUCUACUGUGAGAAAUGUUAUGGACAUGAGAUCUGUAUAUGGAGGAUUUGCUGCAGCUUUGAGAGAAAUGAAAGUUUGGGUGAUGAAUGUUGUCUCGAUUGAUUCACCAGAUACACUUCCUAUCAUUUAUGAACGGGGUCUAUUCGGCAUGUACCACGAUUGGUGUGAAUCUUUCAGCACCUAUCCAAGAUCGUAUGAUCUUCUUCAUGCAGACCAUUUAUUCUCAAAAACCAAGCAGAGGUGUCAAUUACUGCCAGUAAUUGUCGAGGUAGACCGGAUUUUGAGACCGCAAGGAAACUUGAUUGUGAGAGAUCAUGUCAAUAUCAUCAGUGAAAUAGAAAUCAUUCUCAAGUCUCUUCACUGGGAGAUCCGGCUGACAUAUUCCAAGGACAAUGAAGGCUUGUUAUGCGCACAAAAGACGAUGUGGAGGCCAAAUUAAAUGACAAGCAAGUGAGCGAGGUUUAAUUACCUUCUCUGGUAGCAUAGCGAGUGCAUAAGUUUCUUGCCAAUGCUGGUAUAGAUGUGUAUUUGAGUCUAUAUUAUGAUGUCUUCGUUUUAUGUUCGAGAAGCUCGGACUGCAUUGUAAGUUACUAAUUCAUCUGUGUGUGAGAGAAAGAAAAUCUUAAAUCAAUUUUGUGUGAAUCUAAUUGUUUUUAUUUUCGGUA